ACACAGCCUCCCAUCUGCAUCUCCAGGGCUCUGUCCCUGUCCAGCCCCUGGACCAGCUUCCGAGUCUACUCCUCACCCCAGCCCGGGGACGCCUCAAGCUUCAGGACUCAGUGGGGCACAGUAGCAGUCACGUGCAUGCUGGGACCGCGACCAAUAGGCUGCUGCUCCCCGGGCCCCCAGAGGCUGAUCUGUUUGCCUCCCGGCGCCGUCUGACCCAGGUGAGCGAGAGGAUGCUGGCGGGGGGCGCGAGGAGCAUGCCCAGCCCCCUCCUGGCCUGCUGGCAGCCCAUCCUCCUGCUGGUGCUGGGCUCGGUGCUGUCAGGCUCCGCCACGGGCUGCCCGCCCCGCUGCGAGUGCUCGGCCCAGGACCGCGCCGUGCUCUGCCACCGCAAGCGCUUCGUGGCGGUUCCGGAGGGCAUCCCCACCGAGACCCGCCUGCUGGACCUGGGCAAGAAUCGCAUCAAAACGCUCAACCAGGACGAGUUCGCCAGCUUCCCACACCUGGAAGAGCUAGAGCUCAACGAGAACAUCGUGAGUGCCGUGGAGCCCGGCGCCUUCAACAACCUCUUCAGCCUCCGGACGCUGGGGCUGCGCAGCAACCGCCUGAAGCUCAUCCCCCUGGGCGUCUUCACCGGCCUCAGUAACCUGACCAAACUGGACAUCAGCGAGAACAAGAUCGUCAUCCUGCUGGACUACAUGUUCCAGGACCUGUACAACCUCAAGUCGCUGGAGGUCGGCGACAACGACCUCGUCUACAUCUCCCACCGAGCCUUCAGCGGCCUCAACAGCCUGGAGCAGCUGACACUGGAGAAAUGCAACCUGACCUCCAUCCCCACCGAGGCGCUGUCCCACCUGCACAGUCUCAUCGUCCUGAGGCUCCGGCACCUCAACAUCAACGCCAUCCGGGACUAUUCCUUCAAGAGGUUGUACCGGCUCAAGGUCUUGGAGAUCUCCCACUGGCCCUACUUGGACACCAUGACACCCAACUGCCUCUAUGGCCUCAACCUGACAUCCCUGUCCAUCACACACUGCAACCUGACCGCCGUGCCCUACCUGGCUGUGCGCCACCUGGUCUAUCUCCGCUUCCUCAACCUCUCCUACAAUCCCAUCGGCACCAUUGAGGGCUCCAUGCUGCAUGAGCUGCUACGGCUGCAGGAGAUCCAGCUGGUGGGCGGGCAGCUGGCUGUGGUGGAGCCCUAUGCCUUCCGCGGCCUCAACUACCUGCGUGUGCUAAACGUCUCGGGCAACCAGCUGACCACACUGGAGGAGUCAGCCUUCCACUCGGUGGGCAACCUGGAGACGCUCAUCCUGGACUCCAACCCACUGGCCUGUGACUGCCGGCUCCUGUGGGUGUUCCGGCGCCGCUGGCGGCUCAACUUCAACCGGCAGCAGCCCACCUGUGCCACGCCCGAAUUCGUCCAGGGCAAGGAGUUCAAGGACUUCCCGGACGUGCUCCUGCCCAACUACUUCACCUGCCGCCGCGCCCGCAUCCGGGACCGCAAAGCCCAGCAGGUGUUUGUGGACGAGGGCCACACGGUGCAGUUUGUGUGCCGGGCAGAUGGCGACCCGCCGCCCGCCAUCCUCUGGCUCUCACCCCGCAAGCACCUGGUCUCGGCCAAGAGCAACGGGCGGCUCACAGUCUUCCCCGACGGCACGCUGGAGGUGCGCUACGCCCAGGUACAGGACAAUGGCACGUAUCUGUGCAUCGCGGCCAACGCGGGCGGCAACGACUCCAUGCCGGCCCACCUGCAUGUGCGCAGCUACUCGCCCGACUGGCCCCAUCAGCCCAACAAGACCUUCGCUUUCAUCUCCAACCAGCCGGGCGAGGGAGAGGCCAACAGCACCCGAGCCACCGUGCCUUUCCCCUUCGACAUCAAGACCCUCAUCAUUGCCACCACCAUGGGCUUCAUCUCUUUCCUGGGCGUCGUCCUCUUCUGCCUGGUGCUGCUCUUUCUCUGGAGCCGGGGCAAAGGCAACACGAAGCACAACAUCGAGAUCGAGUACGUGCCCCGCAAGUCGGACGCAGGCAUCAGCUCUGCCGACGCGCCCCGCAAGUUCAACAUGAAGAUGAUAUGAGGACGGGGCGGGGGAGGGGCAGGGACCCCCCGGGCUAGCCGGGCAGGGGAAGGGGCCUGGCCGCCAUACGCUCGCUCCUCGAUCCUUCCCGCCUCUCCCUGCCCCUCCACACACACUCUUUUUCUUCCUCCCAGCCCCAUUCCCUGCUGCCCGCCCCACCCCCCCGCCGGCCCUCACCGCCUGCCCUCUUCCUAGCAGGACCUCAGCAGUCCAGGCCUGGGGACCCACCUGCACAGGGGCACUCGUUGACAGACUGGAGUCGGAAGCUGACAGACCGACAUGCAGCACAGUCAAUAAUUCAAUAAAAAAAGUUACGAACUUCCUCUGUAACUUGGGUUUCAAUAAUUAUGGAUUUUUAUGAAAACUUGAAAUAAUAAAAAGAGAAAAAAAACACUA